AUGGCUAGGAAGAGACUCUGCUUUUUCCUGCUUCUACCCCUAAUCUUUUCACACUGUAAAGCUAAAGAAACACUUUACAUCGGUGGACUGUUUGGUAUUGACACAAGUGGCGGUGGAUGGAACUCGGCAGGAAUAAUUCCCGCCGUUCAGAUGGCUAUCGAUGAAAUAAACAACAACACGGAGAUUCUCAAGGAUUAUCACCUGCAACUUUUGAUAAAGGAUUCUCAGGUUUGUGAACUAUAAUGGUAAAAUAUAAAGGAAACUUCUCUCACAGAAACCAUAUGAAUCUUUUAAAAUUCAAAUCCUCUGCAAAUAAUGACAGCGGUUGAGUCGCAUUUUGAAUCUUUAAACAAGUCGGAGCGGAUUAUUGUAAUAAUUUAAUGUAGUAAAACAAUCUUUAAAUCUAUGGAAGCAAUUUUUUUCACUUUGUUUCCCUGAGAGUAAGAUAUGGAAGUAAUAUAUGCAAGAGAAGAAGCAGUUCGUUUACACUUUUUAAAUUUUCCUGACACCCAAGGAAAUAGUUAAUGUAUUCAUCCUUUUUCCCAACGCUUACACAAGUCUUGUUUGCACAGCUUGGAUUAAAACUCUACUUUAUUUUUCUGCAGCGAGUGAAGCAUCAACGAACAUUUCUACGUGCCAAAGUCCUUCAUGUUUAUAAUUUUGAUCGGUACAGCGACGUCAUUAUCACUUAUUUCCGCGAUAACUUCGAGAAAUUCAAUUUCCGUCCAGGAAAAUUCGUUUCUUCAGUUUGGGACGUCCAAGAGAUUUGAAGGAUUUUUAAAUCUAACGAGUUUGUCAUAUUAAUUAAGGUUCAUCGGAUGUUCAUGAACUGACAGUUUUAAUUCCGAUAAUCAAUGCAGGGCAGACUAGAUAAAUUUCAUCAUUUAUUUGGACUUUUUCAUUGUUUUAAGGUUUGUUGAAUGAUCAUGAAAUGACACAUCUAAUUCCGAUAGUCGAUGUAGAGGCAGUCUAGAUUAAUUUCAGCACUGAUUUGGACUUUUCAUUUUUUUUAACACUCAGUGCAAUGUUGGCGAGGCUGUCCGCAGAACUUUGGAGUACAUAUCAUCCGGGAAACCCAAAAUCAUGUUUCUAGGCCCUGGAUGCUCUAAAGCCGCAAUGCCAGUGGCGGAAGCCAUUCAUUACUGGAACAUUGUGCAAGUAAGUUCUCUCACCUGCUAUGUUAAGAGCAGGAUAAAUCACAUAACUGAUAUUUUAAUGAAGCCGGGGAAAAGUGAAGAUCAAAGAUCUUGACCGGAACAAUGAAUUAUGCUCUAUAAUUGGUUUUCAUCAAAUGCCAGGUUUUUGGUGAAUAUUUUACACCUUGCUUUUAGAGAUAAAUGAGAACAAACCUAUUAGGAACUUUAUUUGGAAUGAAGGUGCUUUCCUCGGAAUUGUUUUCAAAUGAAAGAACAUGGAGAGACCGAGAAUGAUUUUUUUUCUGAAAUAACAACAAAAGCAUUAUUCAAAUUUUAUUUUCCUUAGAUUGGCUUCUCAAAUUCUUCCCCAUUGCUAUCGUCAAAAGCCGUUUUUCCCCUCUACUUUCGAACCAACCCUUCGGAGAAAUUCUCCAAUCUGGGACGAAUUGCGAUUCUUAGACGAUUCAGCUGGAAGAAAGUUGCCAUUCUGCAACAAAACAACGACGUUUUCACAGGAAUCAGCAAUUCUCUUGUUGAUUUGCUGAGUGCUGCCAAUCUAACCGUCCUUGCCUACGAGAGUUUCAAAGAUCAUCCGAAGUUUGCCAUAAAGAACCUAAAGGUAAACUAUCUAAAGUUUUGUUCCGUUUUCAUGAGGCAAUUCACGCUCAGUGAUUAAACAAUGAACACCUAACUUUCCAUGGUCACUUUGGAAUGAAUAUCGCAUCAAUUUAUUGAAGACAGUACCGAUGAGAAGAAAGAAGCAAACGCAAUUUACGCUGAUAAUCCAGAUAAUUAUAGGGUUAUUUAUGUCCAGUUCAGAUCAAGUCCUCAGCGGGUUAUGACAUAAACUUUACACAACUGUUAUUUUAAAUCCCUCAGAGGAAAGAUGCCCGUAUCAUCUUUGCAUUUUUCUAUCCAGAUCAACAUUAUGUCACCUUUUGUGAGGUAAGGGCGUAAAGUAAGAAAAUUUCAUUAUCAAUCUUUCCAUAGUGAGAAGCGAUCGCCAGCUCCCGUCUCUGAAUGGAAGAUGGGAUUGAACUCAUACUUUCAUUUAUAAUGUAACCAGAAGGGAGACAUACCAUGAUGAACAAAAAGAGAUUAUAAACUGUAUGUAAAUCUCUUGCAGUUUAUAAUCUCUCGUCAACGACUGAUCGUAACUGACUGAAAAAGAAAGGAACGGCGAACUUAAAAUGAACUGGAGCCUUUAACAGAGACUCUGUACAAUAAUAUUAAGGUCCAUUUGCUAGAUUAUAAAAAUAUCCAUACACUAACGCUGAAACCCAAAAUACGACUGUUAAAACGAAAUUAGAUGACGCUAGUCAAAAACUGAUAACCGUUUCACGUGUAAAUCAUUUAAUUUCUGUGUCUGAAUUAUCAUCUACAGGCUUUCAAGCAAGGUAUGUAUGGACCGAAAUAUGUGUGGAUUUUGAUCUCUGGUCGAAAUCCGGACAAUUGGUGGAAAGUGCAAAGCCCUCUCGUGGAUUGUACUCCUGAGGAAGUACGAAAAGGCUUGAGUAACAAUAUCGGAACUGCAGAAUUGAAACUCAGUCCUGUCUCGGGACCAACUAAAUUUGGAAAAGUAUGUAACAUAACCUAAGCCAAAUCAACUUCUCUUUUUACGUAAGGAGACUCGAGGGAGAAACAUGUACAGUGUAUAGUUGACAACAUACCUUCCCAACCCAAUUUUUUGAAAUGAAUGAAUGAGAAUGAAGGAAAAUCUUAUUUCUUUUAUAUACCAUACCGAGAUCACGCGUAACAAGCCUCGAAAAAUACAUAUAGAAAAAUAAUAUUAUAACAAUACAAGUUACAACACUAAGCGUAGAGACAUCAUUUUCACCUAUUUGAAAAAAAAAUACGAGGAAAGCUUUGACCUUUUGGUGAUUAUAGUUUAUUACUUUGUUUAACAAAAUAAAAGUCUUGCAGGCCCCAAUUCAAACCAGGGCCAGCCUGCAUAAAUAUCGCUAAUAAGCAAAUAAAUGAAUAAAACAAUGUGACCAAGGCUUUACUCGUACCCGCGACAAAAUAUUCAAAUUAGAGGUUUCUGAUCUUAAGAGAAAUGAUCCACGGUCAUAAAGUUUUAUGCUAACACAGAUUAAAUAGAUAUCUUUUGCAUUCAUUUUUUUUUUGUCAAUUUUCUUAGACAUCCCAAGAACUCUACACUGAAUAUCUAGAACGCCUCAACAACUCGGGAUAUUCUGAAAAUACGUUUGCUUCUUAUGGAUACGAUGCGGUCUGGACAUGCGCGCUGACUCUCAACGCAUCGAUUGAUGUCUUGGAAAAACAAAACUUCAAACUGAAUGAAUUCAACUAUAGCCAUCCUAACGUGAGCAAAGUCUUUGUCGACAUAAUGAAGAGGAUUUCAUUUGCCGGAAUGACAGUAAGUUGUACUCAAUCGCAAUAACUGCGUUAGCAAUCUGUGAUUGCAUUGCUGUCUUGAGGAUAAGCCAUUCUCGAUUAUCGAAUUCCAACUCCUCAAUUUAUUUGUAGGGCCAGGUGAAGUUCGACAGCAACCAUGACCGUAUAACAAAACUGGAGGUCCGACAAAUACAAGGCGAGUACUAACCGUGUGUGACAAAUUUUCAUCGCCUUUCUCGUAUCACACCCCUCUACAUGUUUUUAUUUUACCUUCAAACCCAAUCUGUUAAAGGCUUUGUUUGUCUCGUCGUGUAGGAAACACCGAACGAAGAGUUGCAUUCUACGACAUGGAAAAUGACACAUAUGAAGAAGAUCGCAAUAAUGAUUACUUCUGGGAUGGUAAUAUUCCCGUUGUUUUUUAUGUUGCUUUGUUUGAACAAUUGUAUACUUAUAGAGAAUCUCUUUCUUUUAACUUGAAGGCGUCAUUAGUUUCUCAAGGAGUAGAGUAAAAUUUAAAGUGCCAUUCGCGCCAAGAUAUUUUAUUAUACAUUCUACUUAGAAAAAUAACUUUAGCAUUUCAGAUCUUUUAUCUUAGAGAAGGAAGAGAGUUGUGAUCACGUUGUCAUUAUCUAUUCUGAUGGAUGUAUAAAAAACUUACCCCCAUAUAUGACGUACAUUUCUAUUUCAUCACAGUGAAAUUCCAUUUUUUUUUUACUUUUUUGCAUGCUGAGGUGGUAAAGUCCCCGUUGAUGGUCUUAGGAUAGAAGAAAAGCUGGAAGGAGUUGACCCAGGGGUGUUGUGGUUUGUCAUCGCUGUAUCAAUCCUCGGAAUUCUGAUGGCUAUCGGAUUCCUCAUAUUCAAUGUAUACAACCAAAAUAUCAGGUACCUGUUUUACAGUUUUUAUUCUAGAUAAGGAGAUUCAAAUACGUAUGCAUCUGCUUCUAAAGCUCAAACAAGAAAUCACGCCUUUAACAAGGUGUGAGGGGUUAAUAUUUUGGCAAAGAGCAUUCACAAUAACAAUAAUAAUAAUGUAAAAGGAAUCAGGAGUUUGGGCCAUCAUCUAAGCUUAGGAGUCACUGAUAAAUAAAUUUUGCUUUAUUUUUUUCCUUCCUUAGGUACAUAAAAAUGUCGUCACCCAAUCUUAAUAACCUUAUUAUAGUCGGUUGCAUACUUGUCUAUGUGGCGGGUGUACUGUUCGGCUUAAACAAAGAGCAAGCAAGUUAUUUGUGUCAGGUAAAUGCGUAUAAACUUCUGAUUUGCUCAAAAUAACCAUGAGGUCUUCAUUUUAGCUAUGGUAGACUGCAAUUCUUAUUUAUCAAAAUUUUGGAGACCAUGAUAUCUGAGCUACGUAUUUGGACCUAGUAUUUUUCGUAGAAUCAGUUAACAAAGUAAUGUCUGGAGACGCUUUUUUAAUGUAACAAUUAAAUGGUUUAAAAGCAGGGCAUCUAUGGACUAUACCAUCUCACAUCAGUUAACUUGAAGGAAAUGUUUGAGGGCUAGGGAAAUAGUAAAUAGCGAACAGAAAAUAAAGAAAAAUUAGAAACAGUAACACUUACUAAUUUAUUCCUCGAAACCUUUUUAUUCUCAGUUGGAGUUAUGGAUUGCAAUGAUUGGAUUCAGCUUAGGCUUUGGAGCGAUGUUCAGCAAAACCUGGAGAGUUCAUGUAAUAUUUCUCAAUGCUAAAACUACAAAAAAGGUGAGUGCAUACUGAGCAAACUCUUCAAAAAUUCUCUCUUAAUCUAAAGUUUUGACAACCUGUUACAUUAGUCACUUUAAGUGCUUUCCUCAUGAGUUAACUUUUGUACUUGUUCCAGUUUUUUUUUUUUUUUCAGUUUUUCUAAUUAUCAAAAACUAUUUCAUUCAACUUCCCUUUAGGACAAUUGAUUUACCCAGGAUUGAAUAAACUCAAACGAUCAACUUUAAAAUUGAACAUAGAUCCAAUGUUUUUACAAGUUACUCAUAUUUCUGCAAGUCGUUGUCAAUAAAAAAGACAGAGAGAGAGACAAAAAGACAGACAGGCAUAAAGCAUAGGCAGACGAAUGAACGAGAUCAACAAUAAACAACAGAAGUUAAGAUAAGUAGAAAGAUAGAUAUAUAGAUAGACGUAUAGAUGGAUAGAUAUAUGCAACUGCAACGUAGCGAAAUCUUCAUUUCGAAAGAUCUCUAAACGCGAUUUUUUCUGAAUUAUUUUCCUUCAGGUUAUCAUCCGGGACCGUCAGUUGUUUGGUAUGGUUGCUGUUCUUCUUUCAAUCGAUGUCAUAAUUCUCGUCAUCUGGCAGAUUGUCGACCCAUUGACAAAUAAAGUAGGAAACCUGACGCUGCAGGUAAAGAGCAAAAAUUUAUAAUCAAUUCGUGAGAUUUUGAACUCGAGGGAAAAGAAAGCUUUGACUCGCCUCUCUAGAGAGAUCUCUUCCAACGUGCGCCCAUGCCACCAAAACCUGAAAUGACUUGCAAGUCUGGCCUUAAGAAGCCUAAAAAUAGAUUUAAACUUUGAUAGCUAUAUUAGGCUUAAUUUCCUACUUCAUUGAAACAUCAACAGGACCUGCAUUACAUUUCGCCGGGAAAAUUAAGAGUCGAGGGUUAAGGAAAUUAAGGCAUGAGACCAGGGUGGCGAAAAUCUUUGUCAUUCCAAAAGUCUCAGUUGGGGCUGUAUAGGUGCUAAAUUAUGUAUUUCCUGCACCACUGCAAUGGGAAGACUUUAUGUUAUCAAUUCUUGGAAAGUCUAGGACUGUAGUUAACUGUUUGACAAUCUAAUAUGGCACUGAAUAGUGCACAUUAACCUUCUAUAAGUCAUUGAAUGCUAAAAAUUCAUUUUUGCUAAAGUAACUUGGAUUAUUUUCAAAUAAUUUUCAAAUUGUUCCUAUAGGUAUCACAAGAAGAUGACACUGGCAUACAACCGUAUAUAACCAUGUGUACAUGCGAGAACAUAACGAUAUGGCUAGCUUGCAUAUACGUGUACAAAGGUAGUAGUCAGAGAUUUUUAAGUGCUGAUGGACGACCCAGCGUAUCUUGCAUCGCGAAUAUGGGAGAUUCCUUGAUCAAAGCUUAUUUGGAGAGUGAUCUGUGCUUGUUUGGGAGAUGAUCAGUGUCAGACACCGAUUCUUAAAAACCCCAUUCAUUUUUAGCUUCUACAGUCGUGCGCUGUAAACAAACCGGACCAUUUUUCCUGAGGCCAGACGAUUUCCAUUGUCUGUCCGUUUCUUCAAAGUAAUAAAGCUGGAUAAAAUGAAAUUUAAAUAAACUUAUUCGAGUGUUGACGUCAAUGCAAAUUUGGUUCUAGCGAUUAAUGUUGGCCAUGAGACAUAUAAGUGGUGAAGUAAACCGCUCAUAGAGUGAUUCACCAAUCUAUUAAAUUCCCUGAGAUUUAUCAAAUGAACAACUGGUGCUAACUAUUUACUAAUCAACGUGACAUUAUUGCUUUCUAUCUUUAGGCCUGUUGUUAUUAUUUGGAGCCUUCUUGGCCUGGGAAACCCGCAAAGUGCAUAUCCCUGCUUUAAAUGACAGCAAGCUGAUUGGCUUGUCCGUGUAUAACGUCAUCAUUCCUUGUAUCCUCGUAAUUCCUAUUCUUGGUGUUGUCGCUGACCGACCUAAUAUCCAGUUUUCCUUGUCCUCGUUCCUCACCAUCUUCAGUACCUCAUUUACUCUGAGUCUUGUUUUCGUUCCAAAGGUUAGUUUACUGAGUAAUUUUUGAUAGCUUAGCUUCGAGUUGUGUCAUGAACACGUCUGCUUCUUUCACCAAUUAGUGCAACUGAUAAAAGCAUUCUAUUCGACUCCGGAUCGAGUGGUCCGGGUUCGAGCCCUGGCCAGGGUCAUUGUGUUGUGUUCUUAGGCAAGACACUUUACUCUCACAGUGCUUCUCUUCACCCAGGUGUACAAAUGGGUACCAGCAAAUAUGCCGGAGGUAACCCUGCGAUGGACUAGCAUCCCAUCCAGGGGGGAGUGGCAAUACUCCUAGCCGCUUCAUGCUAAGGAAACCGGAGUUAAGCGCCGGCCCCAUGGGCCACCUGGGCCUGUAUAAAGGCUUUACUUUUUUACUUUAUUAGAAACAUAUACAGGAAACAUCUUUAUGGGUAAAUUUUCGUGUCGUGUAUAGUGCGCGACACUUGCGAAAUUAAAUUCGUUUUCAUAAUCGUAAAGGGUUCAGCUAUAUCUUCAUCACAAUGAUAUUCAACAAAGCUGGGAAACAUUAUACCAUUACCAUGACAGUGAUGUUUUAGUUUUAGAAUUUGAAACUAAAUCAUACGGUUUGUUUAUUGUAGAUAAUGUUCUUAAGAACCGCAGACGACAAUAGUUUUUCAACUGCCACUGGCUCAACUAUGGAAGGUGGACGAAUGUCAUCGAAGGUAAAAAUACAAUCAACCAAAAUAGAUAAAGCAAACUAUUCCCCUUUAAUAUUUGUUUCUGUUCAGGUAAAUAAAGUAGACAUAAACAAAAAAGCAAGCUUUAAGUCAUGUUUAAUACUAUCGCGUACCACUUUUAAUCCAAAAAUGUUGCUAGUGGAACCGACACCAUGUUUGCACGUGCUCUGAAUAAUAUAAACGAAACGUGGAGAGGAUAAUUUUUUCUUAUAUUUUUUCUUCUUUCAUUUAUUCCGAGCAGCUCAGUCCAAAAGAAAAUUUGGGGGUUUCCUUUUUCUUUUCGCUUUUUUUUUCUUUACUUACGGUGUUGUGCUUUUUAGGUGGAACCACAACAUACUUCUAAAACAAGCGAGGAGAACGUUAAAGAGACAGAAGAAUGACUUACUAUGUGAGAUUUUAGAGAACUGCAGGGGAAAUCACACCUUUCUUUAAUAUCAUGGAGACAUCCUGAAGCUUACAAGAGUCUUAGAGCAGGAAAUUAUGUCAAUCGUGUUUGACGCAACAACAAUUGCUUUUCUUUUAUUAAAAAAAUUUUGUGGAAAAUACCGCAUAAGAGCAGAAGUAUCUAAAUUAGAAUUUCUUGUUUCGUAAGAAAUCAUUUAUUAGCGUAGUGCGUCUCCUGUUUCCGCUUGUACGGUGAUUUUAAGAGAAUGUCAAGAUAAUUGUCCCCAAUGUUCUUUUGGAGACAUGGCAACACUUACAUGGACUAGUGCAACUUCAGAAUGGAAUACUGCCAUAGCAACCAAUCGAGUGCAAUACUGGGAGAGCUUC